GCUGCUAAAUACCAACAAGAUGUGAACGGCGGCGUUGCGGCACCACUGACGGCUGAGACUCUUCGCGCGGUCAAGAAUAGUGCCAGCAGUCGCUCGACCCGAAGCAGCGGAGAAAGCCGCGACGAAAGCAGCUUCAAGCAAUCGGCUACCACGCGGACAACGCGAUCUGGAAACAGUGAUGACGACAUCACCAUUAAGGUGCCACGAGGUGCUAUCGUUGAGUGGGGCAAUGCGAAAAUCAGUUGCGAAGAGGGCGGCGAGGUUGCCAUUUCCCGUGGUGGUAAUGGUGCUAGUCAAAGGGGGAGCGACCGUGGCACCGUCUACGGCGAUGAUCGCAAGAGCCGAGCAGGAGAUCGUCCUCCGGUGCGCACUCGUACGAGUUCUCAGUCUGGGUCUUACUCUCGUGGAGCACACCCAGGCUUU